AUGGAUGAUGAUUUGGGGAAAGGACUUCAAAUGAAAAGUCAAGAUGAGUUGAUUGGUAAAGAUGGUACUUAUAAAAAAAGAUUUGGGAUAAAUAGAUUUAAAGUGCCAACGCAAACAAAACGAAAAGAUGAAUUUGUUGACGCUCAAUCUGAUCCCAUAUCAACAAUACCAAGAACUGAAGAAGAACAUGAAGAGUUGGAUAGCUUGAAUAACAAUUUUAGUAAUAGAUUAGACAAAGUUAGCAAGAUACCAAGCUUGCCAAAUGAAAAAGGGAAGAAGAAAGAAGAAGAUAAAGACAAGAUUAACGAAAACAAAAAGCGCGUGGUGACAACUGAAAACACAGGGACGAAGGGAAGAUUCCGAUAG